ACAGAGAUUUGUUACUGUGUUGAUAAAGAUGCAAACAAUGUCCCCUCAGAGUACGAAACAAGCAGAUGCCUAUCUGAAUACAUGAUGUAUCUUUUGGUGAUGAGACCAGAUACGCUAUCUAAAGGAAUCGGUGAUGAGGGAUAUCUACAUUCCUUGCAAGACUUGGAUAGCAUCAUAAGUAAGGAGGAAGCUCCCACUAAAAGCCCGGCGACAAGCAGGGAAGAAGUUGUAGAUGCAAUUCUGUUCUACUAUGAAUCAUUUGUUAUUGAUGAUAUACGGUUUCAAUUUCGCUGGAAAGAAACCAAGUCAGCGGUAGCUGGUGGGGAUAGGCUCGCCAAGCAAUUGCGUUUGCUGGGAUUUAAGAAGCGAUGGGAGAUAAUCGAAGAAGUUUGGAUGGAAAUGCUUGCUUAUGCAGCAGCUCACUGUCCGUGGAAGGAACACGCUCAACAACUGAGAAGAGGUGGAGAGUUGCUCACCCAUGUCUGCUUUCUCAUGCUACAUCUUGGUUUGAGCGAACAAUAUGAAUACAAUUCAUUCAAAGACUACAGUUCAUUAAAUGAUUACAUACGUGGUCAUGAUCUGGUAUUGCCAUGGGAGGAAGAAGAAUAUCGUGGGGCCAUUGAUAGAUAUCUAAGAGGUAAUGCAGACUUGUCACAGUCAAGUUCCAGUGAGGAGGUGAAAGAACUGAAAAGGAUGGUAGCAUAUAAAGACGAAGAUCUUAAGCGUAAAUAGCGAGAGCUUGAGCAGUUGAGGCCUUUUCUAGUUGCAUCAACUCCAUAGCAGGGGAUUCGUGCUCUUUAAGGAGGUUCACCAGCAUGCACAGACAGAUGAUGAAGGGACUAUUCAAUCUCUAUCAAAUAGUAAGAUGAGUUUGGUCUUGAAAUGAGUGUGCUAUGUUGUAUCCGUACUUACAAAAAACAUGUGCAAAACAUUUGUGUUUAUCGAUUGAAGAAUCAAAACACUAAUUUAUUAAUAUCAUAAUUGCUUCUAAACAUGAGAUUUCUUUUUCGGGCCAGUUUAGCUUAGAAUUUCUUGAGAAGGAAUGUGGUGAACUGGGUAUCCCGCUGUGUCUGGGUUUGAAGGCUCGUUUUGACUUGAGUUUUUUAUAAAUUUAAUCUUGUGAUUCUAAUUUCAAUAACACUAGAGUGAUGGCAGUGUUUUUAAUAUCAUCCAUGUAUCCUAAAAUAAUAUCAUCCAUGUAUCCUAAAACAAUCUUUAAAUACUCCCUCUCCCUAUCCAGAUUCCUUCAAAUCCACUUAUCCACUGUAAACCCAUUUCAAGAACCUUCGAUAAAUAAA